GUCGAGUACUUGGACAUUUUGAAACAGCACGGAAUCAGUCCAGAAGAAAUUCUUGUAAACGACGUCCUUAAAACCCUUACAGGAGACGCGAGUCUGAAAAUAGCGAAAAAUGUUGACCAGAAAGCUCAGGAAUCAGCCACUGAAUUACAGAAUUCCUUUGAGGACUAUGUUCUUUCCAGUGAUCUUUGUUUGAAAGCUGCUAAGACAGCUUACCAGUCUUUUGUUAGAGCCUAUGCUACAUACCCCAGUAGUUUAAAGCACAUCUUCCAUGUGAGGAAUCUACAUCUGGGACAUGUUGCGAAAAGUUUCAGCCUAAGAGAGGCGCCAAAGGAAUUGUUCCAAUGCAAGAAGCAACCCAAAGCACAAAAGCGGAAAAGGGGUGGGGAGAAGAAACCGGUGAAAGCGAAGAAAAGGAUCACGGAGUAUUCAUCAGAUACGGAACUUAAUGGGCCUUUCCCAAAGAAACGAAAGAAACCAAAGAACAAAUCAUAGUGAACUGUAAUUUAUUACGUUUUGCUAUCUCUUUGUUUACGGCAAUUAAAAUGUACUAACGAAAGGAAUCGGAUGUGGAUAUGAAUAUAACAAUAUUGUCAAUAGAAAUAAAAUUUAAUAAAACAUGGUAUACUUUU